AUGUUAGCCCUGGGUUUUGCUGUUCAAUGGGUUGAUCUAAUUUUGCUUUGUGUCACCUCUGUUUCGUAUAAUAUUCAGGUUAAUGGGGCUAGUUGUGGUCGUGUGGUGCCAUCUCAUGAAUUGCGCCAAGGGGACCCCCUCUCUCCAUAUCUGUUUAUUAUCUGUGCAGAGGGCCUAUCUUUGCUGCUCCAGAAGGCUCAAGCAGAAGGUUCCAUUCAUGGUUGUAGGGUGGCUAGAGGUGCCCCUCCCAUUUCGCAUCUGUUUUUCGCUGAUGAUAGUCUCUUGUUUUUUAAAGCAAAUGCCCAAGAAGCAGGAGUUAUUAAACAUUGUUUGGAUGCAUAUGAAAGUAUGUCUGGUCAGGCUGUAAACUAUCACAAAUCUAGUAUUUGUUUUAGUAGGAACACUCCUGAGAGCGCUCGUGAGGAGGUGGCUGGUGUGUUAGGUGUCGUUCAGGCCCAAAACUUUGGUAAAUACCUUGGUCUACCAAAUUUUGUGGGAAGGAAUAAGAGAGCUGCUUUUGCGUAUAUUGAAGAUAAGAUUAAACAGAGAAUAUGCUCAUGGAAUAAGAGGUUGCUUUCACAGGCAGGUAAGGAGAUCUUAUUGAAAAGUGUCGCCCAAGCUAUGCCCACUUUCUCAAUGGGUGUCUUUUUGCUUCCUGAGUCGGUUUGCCUCUCUAUUGAGAGAACCAUGAACAGAUAUUGGUGGGGUUCAGGUGCUGAAAGAGGAAUUCAUUGGAAAGCUUGGGAUCGCUUAUGUGUACCUAAAAAGUUUGGGGGUCUGGGAUUUAAAGAUCUGCGGGCAUUCAAUUUGGCAAUGCUAGGCAAGCAAGUCUGGCGUUUCUUAACAAUGCCUCAGUCUCUUGUGGCAAGAGUUUACAAAGCUAAGUAUCAACCGAGGUCUUCUUUUAUUGAUGCCACUUUGGGAACCUGCCCUAGCUUUUGUUGGAGGAGUAUUAUGGCUGCUCACGAGCUAGUGUGUGGUGGAGUUAGGCGGAGAAUUGGCAAUGGUAAAUCAACGUUCAUCUGGGGCCAUCCCUGGCUUCCUGAUGAGGUUGACCCAAUGAUUCAAACACCCAUGCCUCCCCAUUUGAGUGGUGCACUGGUCUCAGGUUUGAUGAACGAAGAUACUAAUGCAUGGGAGCCCUCCAUUCUCACGGAUAUUUUUGAGCCCUCUGAUGUAAACCGUAUAUUACGAAUCCCUAUUUCCCCGGACUAUGAGGACUCAUGGUUUUGGUAUGGUGACCCGAAAGGAUGUUAUAUGGUCAGGGGUGGUUAUAGAUGCAUUGUUGGAGAGUUUGAGAAUUCCCCAACCAGUUUUGAUAAAUGGAGCCCCUUUUGGAAGAUUAAAGUCCCUCCUAAGUGGAAAACUUUCUUGUGGAGAGCACUUUCAGAUAUUCUUCCUGUAACUACAAAUUUGCUUUUAAAGAGGGUGGAGGUGGAUCCCUCAUGUCCAAUGUGUGGUUUUGGUCAUGAAAGUGUUAUGCAUGCCCUUGUUUUGUGUGAUUUUACACAAUUAGUUUGGCAUGAAUCUCAUUUGGCUUUCUCUAACAUUUUGGGUGACAACUUUACUUUGUGGUUCACAAAUCUAUUAUGCUCCUUGCCUGAAGAUGAUGUGUUUUUGGCAGUGGUAAUUCUUUAUCAUGUAUGGAAAGCAAGAAACGAUGCCUUAUGGAAUGGUUACCUCCCGACGCCAAGAAGGGUGGUAGCGUCUGCGGCAGCGGCGUUACAUGCGUGGAGUGCGAUCAAUCACGUUCAUCAGCACUUUGGGCGGUUUGCGGACGAGUCUGCGGACGAAGAAGGUGCAAUACAGAUCGCUCAAGUGCCGCUACCUUCAACUCCGGUGUGCUAUUUCGACGCAGCCUACGAUCCGGUCACCCUCAAAGCAGCGUUCGGUGCGGUAUUGCUCGACCCAGGUGGAGGCUUUAUUGCUGCUAGUGCUGGUCCUAAUCGACUGCUUCUCUCCUCUUAUGGCAGAGACCAUUGCCUGAGUGCUGUCGCUUCCUUUUCAUUUUUUCAUAUUAGGCUAGUUCCUAGAACGAUGAAUGUUAUUGCUCAUAGGCUAGCUGUUGCGUCUGUGCAACAGGCUUAUACUUUGUACUGGGAUUCGGUCCCACCGGAUAUUGUUUCUGAUCUUUUGCAUUAA